UGCAGGCUCGUGACGUCUGCUCCUUCGAAUUGAGUGCGAUACACGCGAGACAAGCUAACAUCUAACGACGGUCUGAUUAAGGCUUACGGUCACCCUGGCUUCCCCGCCAUUCGGACUCCUACAUCAUCUCUUCGAUUGCCAUCUCCAACAGCUCCGUCAUCAUCACUACCAUCAUAAUGGCAAUUGCAGAUACUCUCACAUAUCUCGGCGGGGUCACUGCUCUGUUUCUGACAUACAAAAUCACCUGUUUCGCCAGUAUAUACCUCAAGUCUGGGAACCUGCAACGUUACAACCACGACAACAAUGCCUGGGCUCUCGUCACGGGCAGCACCAGUGGCAUCGGUGACGGUUUCGCCCAUGCCCUCGCGGCCAAAAACUUCAACGUCCUUCUUCAUGGCCGCAAUCAGCAGAAAUUGGAUGCGUUGAGAUCGACUCUAGCCCAAGAACACCCGAAUGUCCAGAUCAAGACAGUGAUUGCAGACGUCUUUGAAUACAACGUCGAUAUCCCCACUAUCGUUUCUGCCGCUGCAUCUCUACCUGGAAAAAUCACUGUACUGAUCAACAAUGUUGGUGGCUCGCCCCUCUCACCUUCCUUUGGCACUUUGGAAGAAGUGGAUAAAGAUUAUGUGGAUAAAAUGAUCAACCUAAACUCUCGCUUCCCUACCCAACUCACCCGCGCUCUGUUACCAAUACUAGGCGACAAUUCUCCAGCUCUGAUCCUCAGCACAUGCUCAAUCACUGGCUUCAAGGGCCUACCCUACCUCUCUGUUUACUCGGCAGCCAAAGCCUUCAACUACACCUUCAAUGCCUCGAUGUCCCUUGAGAUGGCUGCCGAAAACAAAGACAUCGAGUUCCUGGGUAUAGUGAUUGCGAGUGUAAAGUCAGGGGGUAAUAAGACUGAGGAAGGAGCAUUUACGACGAAUGGAAGGAGUAUGGCGGAGUUUUCAUUGGAUAGGGUGGGGUGUGGGAGGGUUGCUGUGUUUGGGUGGUGGAGGCAUGCUGUGCAGUGGUGGGGGAUGGGAUUGAUGCCGGAGUGGAUGGUGCGGAAGGUGUUGAUUGGGGUUAUGAAGGAGAGGAGGGUUGAGGAGCAGAAGGGAGAGUAGUUGUGUCGUCCGCAGGGGGAGGCUGACCAAAGACACAGGGCAUCUGAAUGAUGGCAACGGGCUUGGGGAGGAUGUAAUACAAGACUAUGAAGGGGACUCCAAGAGCUCGAGGGUGUGGAGCGAUAAUCCCGAGUCUGGCCAAGAGAAUUGUUGUUGUCGUUUGCCAAAAGUGAAGUCCAUAAAGAGGCGCAGCGGCGUCAGUAGCCCGAUAGUGCAUGGUCCAAGACUCGGUGAACAUUCAAGA